UGCUUUUUCUUCAUUAUAUACGCCUAUGUUAUCUCAUCUCUCUCUCCACUUCCAACCAUACUCAUUAUAGCUUUUUCCUUGCUUUGCUCUUCUCUGCGUUUAGCAUUUUGUUCAAACCUUACCUGAGCCUAUGUAGGAUGGCAAGGAGCGUGCAAGUGGGGAGAGGAUGACCAUUGUAAUAGGACCAUGGGGAGGAAAUGGUGGAGCUGAUUGGGACGAUGGGAUCUACAAUGGGGUGAGAGAGAUCAAGAUUGCUUACUGUCUUUGCAUCGACUCCAUUACUGUGGUGUAUGAUAGAAACGGUAAGCCUGUCAAAGCAGAAACGCAUGGUGGUCGCGGAGGCAAUCAAACUGCUGAGAUAAAGCUUCAGUACCCAGAUGAACACCUAGUGGGUGUAAGUGGACACUAUUGUCCGAUGAUGUUUGGCAUCGGCCCACGGUUAAUCCGGUCACUCAAAUUUCAGAGCAACAGAAGAACAUUUGGACCAUAUGGAAUUGAAGAAGGCACACCCUUUACUUUCACAGUGGAUGGAGGCCAAAUUGUUGGAUUAAAGGGAAGGGAUGGAUGGUACCUAGAUGCCAUUGGGUUUCAUGUAUCCCCUCCCCCAACCAAAAAUUCUCAGAGCAUUCAGAAGACCAUUGUAAUAGAACCAUGGGGAGGAAAUGGUGGAGCUGAUUGGGACGAUGGGAUCUACAAUGGGGUGAGAGAGAUCAAGAUUGCUUACUGUCUUUGCAUCGACUCCAUUACUGCGGUGUAUGAUAGAAACGAUAAGCCUGUCAAAGCAGAAACGCAUGGUGGUCGCGGAGGCAAUCAAACUGCUGAGAUAAAGCUUCAGUACCCAGACGAGUUCCUAGUCGGUGUAAGUGGACACUAUUGUCCGAUGAUGUUUGGCAUCGGCCCGCGGUUAAUCCGGUCACUCAAAUUUCAGAGCAAUAGAAGAACAUUUGGACCAUAUGGAAUUGAAGAAGGCACACCCUUUACUUUCACAGUGGAUGGAGGCAAAAUUGUUGGAUUAAAGGGAAGAGAUGGAUGGUACCUAGAUGCCAUUGGGUUUCAUGUAUCCCCUCCCCAAACCAAAAAACUCUUUCAGAGUAUUCAGAAGAGUUUUAGAAGGCUUGGGAGCUCGGUUUCAAAACCUUAGACUGCUCAAAGUUGAAAGCAUGUGACUUAGAGCUCAUGCCUGCCGCCAUACAAGUUCUUAAAAUCACCAAAAGCUCAAAAAUAUUGCACGUAUAAUAAGCUACCCUUUCUGCUUGUGAUUAUUUCUUUCUUUUGAAGGACACUAAAGCCAUCCAAAUAAUGUCUAGUGUUUUCUGUACCAUCAAUGAAAUAUCAUGUUUCACUGGCAGGUGGCGAAACAUGCUUCGAUUGUUCUUAUUAAUUGCGUUGGGUCGAUAAUCAGACUAAAAUAAUUGAACAGCAACCUAAAAGGAUUCAAGGAAAGGAGCCAAACAUUUUUCUUUCUACCAAUAAUACAAUUUACAAAAGAUAAACACAAGCAAGCACUGUAUCUUUUAUUUCACUUUAUAUGCAUUCUGCAAGUCUGAAUACAUAUAAAAUUCUGUCAGAGAAACUAUUUCCAGACCAGAAAUAUGCUAUAUAGCUAAUCUAAGAAUCACAUUGACAUCAACUAUAUAACCCCAGGUUUGAGGGUACUUUACUAGCUCUCAUUCGCAUAUCAGAAAUGUGACCAUGACAUGGAAUAUGUGAAGCAGAAAAACCAUAAAACUGAAUUGCAGUCAAGUACACAAGAUGAGAGGAUUCAGAUCUCAAAACUAACUACUUUUCAUUUCAAGCUAUUGUGACAAAACAAUGACCGGACAAUGAACCAGCAAAUAGCCAUAAGAAACAAUUCAUUAUAAGAGCAUGUUGGCAUCCUUACGAAAAAUCCCAGAAGAAUUCUCACAAUUUUGAUAACAGCAACAAGAAAUGAGUCCCCUAGCAAAUGAUCGAAUAUGAAGCAAUUGUCAUGGACACACUGUCUCCACUUAACAGCACACCAUACACCAGUUUCAUGCAUGUACACAAAAUAACAAAGGUGCAUCAAUAAAAGAAAUUCUAAGGCAUCACCAGCCAAAGACAACAGGCACAAAGGUUCUUUGACCACACUGUAUAGUUUCAUACCAUAUUUUUUAACCCAUAUUCACUUACCCUAAACCCACACAUUGUCUUAACAUUUUUUUCUACCGGUACAUUGCCUUGACACAUGACAGACAUGUUGAACCAGUUUUAUGCAUGCCAUAGAAUGAGAAAACAACUGCAAGGCAUCAACAUGAAUAUAAAACAGGUAGAAAGUUCUCUGGUCAGAUUCUUACAAGGCACCCUCAAGCAAACAGAUGGACAAAUUCACAUAUCUAUUGCACGUACAUAAAAAAACAGAUGCAAACAGUCUGACUAGAAUGUAAUAAAACCCACAUAACAACAUAUCGCAGCGAAUUCAAAUUCGUCAAAUAUACACAAAUAUCAAGUUUCAAAUUGUUCCAACAAGAGUCAUAACUCUUAAUUAGCAAUC